AUGGCUGCCCAGAGGAGCAAGGCAUCAGUUCUGGCUCCCCAGAUCACCCAGGGUCUGCCCACACUGAUGGCAGAUGAACUCAGCCCAGAGACCCCUGGCCAGCGCUUCCGGCAUUUUCCUCCUUUCUCUCCUGUUUCAGAUCGCAGUGCCAAGGUGGAUUCCUCGGGACACUUGGCUCCUGGGGAAGGGGACGCUCCCUGGAAUGCACUGGAGACUAACUCGAGGGGUCCUUGUGAGGGGGCUGCGUCUGGAGGCCACUGGGCCUGGGAGGACCCCUCAGAAGGAACAGGGGAGGCAGCGUACAGUCAGGAGCAGGGGGCCAUGCUGAGGGCCACAGCAGACCAGGGAGACCCAGGAGGGAAGCCGGAGCCCACGGACUCCUUUCAGGCCAGGCCCCAGAGGGAUGAGAAGGACCUGGUGCCGAGCCCUCCGCCCCUCGCCGGGGAGCGGGGCUGCUGGUGCAGCGAGUGCGGCAAGACGUUCAGCCAGAGCUCCUACCUGCUGCAGCACCGGCGCGUGCACACUGGCGAGAAGCCGUACACCUGUGCAGAGUGCGGCAAGGCCUUCGCCUGGAGCUCCAACCUCAGCCAGCACCAGCGCAUCCACACGGGCGAGAUGCCAUACGCAUGCCGCGAGUGCGGCAUGGCCUUCCGCGCGCACUCACAGGUCACCCACCACCAGAAGACACACAGCGGCGUGAAGCCCUUCUGCUGCUCCGACCGCGGCAAGGCCUCCGGCCGCAGCACCACGCUGGUGCAGCACUGCCGCACGCACACGGGGGAGAAGCCCUACGUGUGCCCUGAGUGCUGCAAGGCCUUCAACCAGAACUCUAACUUCCAGGAGCACCGGCGAGUGCACACGGGCGAGCGGCCCCACGCCUGCCUGGCCUGCGGCAAGGCCUUCAGCCAGAGCAACCUGGCGGAGCACCUGAAGAUCCACGCCGCCGCGCAGCCACACGCCUGCCCCGACUGCCGCAAAGCCUUUCUGCGCGCGGCCGGCCUGCGGCAACACAGACGCACCCACAGCGGCGGGCGGUCCUUCGCCUGCGCCCACUGCGGUAAGCGCUUCAGAGACAGUUCGCAGCUGCUGCAGCACCAGCGCACGCACACCGGCGAGCGGCCCUUCGAGUGCACUGAGUGAGGCCAGGCCUUCGUCGUGGGCUUCAACCUGGCCGAGCACCGGCGCGUGAACACGGGAAAACCCCACGCGUGCGCCCAGUGCGGCAAGGCCUUCAGCCAGCGCUCCAACCUGCUCAACCACCAGCGCAUCCACUCGGGCGCCAAGCCCUUCGCCUGCGCUGACUGCGGCAAGGCCUUCAAGGGCAGCUCGGGCCUGGCGCACCACCGGCGCACCCACACCGGAGAGCUGGCCUUCGCCUUUGCCUAGUGUGGCAAGCCCUUUCGCGGCAGCUCUGAGCUGCGCCAGCACCAGCGCCUGCACUCCGGGGAGAAGCCCUUCGUCUGCGACGACUGCGGCAAGGCUUUCGUGCGCAACUCAGAGCUGGUGAGCCACCGGCGUACGCACACGGGCGAGCGGCUCUAUGCGUGCGGCGAGCGCAGGAAGCUUUUCAGUCACCGCUUCAACCUCAACGAGCAGCAGAAGCGGCACGCGGGCCCCGCCGCGUCCUGA